AUGUCUGCAAAAAAUUUGUCUUCAAAGGAGAAACGUGCUUUAUCAACUGUACUCGAUUUAAUAAAGAACCUUGACAAUAAAGUUUUUCAUGUUUUUGAAGAUGAAGAAAGCUCUUAUGGCAUUAUUGGCAGUAAAAAAUUAAAGUAUGAAGAUGAAAUAUAUGAUGCAUUUAUCAAAAAAGAUCGUAAAUUCAAACAAAUAUUAGAUAAGAAAGUUGGUGUGAGUACUGUUAAUAAAUUUGUAAAUGCUGGAAGUAAAGCUAUCAAAGCCAUUAAUAUGGAUGAAGCAUUUAAUACCCAACUUUUAUUAGUCAAGCUCAACUUUUACGAUUUAAGCCCAACUUUUAUUAGUCGAGCUCAACUUUUACAA